AAUUAGAGGUGCAGCCAGCAGGUGUGUGUAGUUUGCACAGAGCAUGGUGCUCUCACUGUGACAGCUGACAAGUCUCACAGAUUUCCAGAUAUCUCCUGAGCCUUGGGGAAUUAGUAGCUGAAAAUUAGGUCUAAAAAAAAUGGCCAAAUUUGAAGGACAUGUCUUGCCUGGCACCUUUGUCCUGAUCUAUGGCUUUUGUCUAACAGUUAAACAUGUCCUCCAACACUUAUGGAGGACACAUCAGCCCAAAGGACAACAGAAUAUGCCACCUUUUUUUAAAAGAACUGACUAUGCUGAGGGAGGAUUCCUAAUCAUUGCUGCAUUUGUGGGUAUCACGGUUGAAUGGUUUGUAGUGGAUGGGCCACAUGUCUACUUCUACAGAAACGGUUCAUGGGUCAACUUGCAGCACAGCACAAUGUAUCUGUUUUUUGGGAUCAGUGGAAUAGCAAUGGUUGCCAGUACUAGAUGCAAACUGGUGCCAACUGGUGUUGACCGCCUUGCUCUCUCUUUGGCUCUUUUUGUUGAAGGGUUUUUGUUCUAUUACCAUGUGCACAAUCGGCCCCUUCUGGAUGCCCAUAUCCACAAACUGGUGCUAGUGCCUGUGUUUGGUGGAUCAGCUAGCACUAUGUUGGAGGUGUUCAUAAGAGAUAACAUUAUUUUGGAGCUACUGAGGGCAUGUCUGUUCAUCCUGCAGGGCUCGUGGUUCUACCAGAUUGGAUUUGUACUUUACCCAUUACGUGGACCAGCGUGGGACUCAAACGAUGGAAACGUCAUGUUCAUCACUGUGUGCUUCUGCUGGCAUCUAGCUGUCGCCCUGCUUUUAGUCGCUUGCACCUACAUCGUCGUUUGGAGCACAGUGAGGCGAUUCUCAGGAAGGCAACUGGACACAGAGAUUGGAAUGCGAAACACGUCCUCCAAAACAAGCUCCCAGAAAGCCUUGCUUGAAGAAUCGGACGAAGAGUGAAUGCUUUCUUAUAAUUUAUGAAGUUGUGACUUUUGAGAUUAUAUUUAGGUAAAAUACCAACAGAGUAACUGGUCUUUUAUUAGUUUGUCAACCACUGAAGGAAAAUGUAACCAGAGUUUCUAUGGAAAGGCUGCAACCUACCUGAACAUGGUUCUCAUUGUAAAACAGCUCGCUUUGCUUUUUACAAUUAUAUUUUGGAUUUAAUGAUGCGGAGAAUAAGAUUGUGGAGAUGAAAUUUAGUUGAGGAAUGAUGACAGUUUAAUAAACUGAUAACUUGGCAUAGAUCAAUAACAUUCAACAAAGAAAGUGUAGAUCUGAACACCAGCCCAUUGCAUUUACAGAGAAGAAUUAUGCUUCAGGCCUUAGUGGGUAUCAUCCAAAUUGAGAAGAAAUAAAGGAAUAUUAUGCAAUAUAACAAUAAAAAAAAUAUAACGCCACUUGUGAGAGUAGAAACAAGUCAAACUACCCUUAUAAGGCUUGAGAAUAAACAUAUCUAAUAACCAAACACAUGUACAUAUAUUGUGCACUGGAUUUAUGAUUACUGUUGCUGUGCAGGUGGGGGAUCGGGUGCACAUUUGGGUGAAGGUGCUUUUGUGACUACAACUGUGAAAACAGAUUUUGGGAAGCCUGCUGCGGUGUGCUGCUGUAGCUGCUGCGCCUGAACAGUCUGGAUGCAAACCUAAAGGUGGAGAGAUGAAGAGUUACCUUGAACAUGCCCUGUGUUUAUUUAGGUUGUGAGCUAUGUUUAGUCAUAACACACUGACUGAGAAACUUUCAAAUGAUGCCUUCAGAUAACAUGAGUGACAUAUUAAAAACCUGCUUUGCUGUGAUAUUAGUAUAGACUUAUUGUAUAUGACCACAAAGCAAGGUACUGGAUGAGAAUUUGUUUUGAUUAAACAGGUGUAAUAAAACACAUUAUUCCCUUUU